GAAGAGGGAAAGAGAGAUAGAAAAGAAAAGAAAGAGAAAGAGAUCGAAAGAGAGUAAGAGCGAAGCGGGCGCCGUUACGAUAAAAGAAGUUUUUCGGGAGAGCGUUCAAUGGUCGAAGCAGCUAUGCGCCACGCCGUCGUAGGGCUGUUAGCUAGCUAGUUCUGACUACGGGAGGUCUCGGGCCGCAGUUACGACCUCGAGAGAACGAGCGGGUUCGCCUCGCGAAGAUGACCAUAAUAGUCUUUUUGAUCGACACGUCGGCCUCCAUGAAUCAGAGGGCAUAUUUGGGCGGGCGACCCACGCUUUUGGACGUAGCCAAGAGCGCCGUGGAGACUUUCGUGAAGGUGAGACAGAGAUCACCGGAAAGCCGAGGGGAUCGUUAUAUGUUACUGACUUUCGAAGAUCCGCCUCAGAAUAUUAAGGCUGGUUGGAAAGAAAAUUUAGCAACGUUUAUGAACGAGCUUAAAAAUUUACAAUGCGUUGGAUUGACAACAUUGGGGGCUGCUUUAAAACAUGCAUUAGAUGUCCUGAACAUAAAUCGUAUGCAGACUGGUAUAGACACAUAUGGUCAAGGAAGAUGUCCCUUCUAUUUGGAACCAUCAGUAAUUGUUGUUAUUACAGAUGGAGGAAAGUAUACCACCAACAGUGGAGUAAAUCAAGAUUUCACAUUACCUAUGCAUUCUCCAAUACCUGGAUCUGAGCUAACAAAGGAACCAUUCAGAUGGGAUCAAAGAUUAUUUUCUUUGGUAUUGCGGCUCUCCGGGACACCAGCUGUUGAAAGAGAUACUGGUUUAGUUGCAAGCGACUCAUCUCCUAUAGAUGCUAUGUGUGAAGUUACUGGAGGUCGUUCAUAUUGUAUAACAUCAUUUAGAAUGAUGAUGCAAUGCAUAGACUCGUUGGUACAAAAAGUUCAGUCUGGAGUAGUAAUCAAUUUUGAGAAAAUUGGGCCAGAUCCACCACCUUUGACAAAUGAAGCACAUGGGGAAGACGAUGAAAACGAAGAUGAGAAUAACGCAACAAAUGGAAAUCGAUCUCAAUAUCCGCUUAAUCCAGCGGCACCAGGAAACACAGCAUGGCAUUCUUGUAGAAGACUGAUCUAUGUUCCGCGUUCUGCACAGAAAGGUUUUGCAGUAGGAUUUUGGCCGAUUCCCGAAAGCUUUUGGCCCGAUCUAAGCGCUAGUUCUCUGCCUCCUAGAUCAGCGCAUCCAAACGUGAAAUUCACGUGUACUAGCCAAGAGCCUAUGGUGAUAGAAAAUCUCCCAUUCGAUAAAUAUGAAUUAGAACCGAGUCCAUUAACGCAAUACAUUUUAGCUAGAAAACAGCCAACGAUUUGUUGGCAAGUUUUUGUAGCCAAUUCGUAUAAAUCUAGCGACGUCGGUCAUCCAUUUGGAUAUUUAAAAGCAAGCACUAACUUAACCUGUGUGAAUCUGUUUGUAAUGCCCUAUAAUUAUCCAGUUCUCCUGCCUUUAUUAGAAGAGCUGUUUAAAGUUCAUAGAUUGAAACCGACAAAUGAAUGGAGAACGCAGUUUCAGAAUUACAUGAGAACAAUGCCUACGUAUUAUGCAGCGUCUCUGAGGAGAGCUCUAACUAGAAUGGGUGCACCAACACCAUUAGCACAAACGUUAAUUCCCGAUAAUAUGGAUAACUCUUUGUCCUAUAGUGUCUUAAAUUACUUAAAGCGACUGAAAAAUCAAGCUAAAAUCGAAUUCGAUAGACUUUGCAAUGAAGUUCUUUCCAAGCAACUCGCCGCUGCCAAUAUGACGAAAAAUUUAGCAAACGGUAGUACAACAACGAUAACAGAUGGAGUGAGAGUUAUUCCCAGAACUCCAUUGAAGAAAGAUUUGGUGUCGCAUCCAUUAUUACAGGAUAAAUUCACAGGACUGAGGGAUCAAUUAAACGAGUUUGGAGGGUUUGUAGUUGGAUUAGUUAGAAAUCAACAGCGAGGUGCGCACAGUUAUAGGAAUGCAUUUGACGUUCCUCGGAAAUCUCUACUGGAUCAAGUCGUGAGAAUGCGUGCCAACUUUCUGCAGCCCGGACUUUUACAUACAAAACUGCUCGAUGACGAUUAUGUUCACUCGAUGCCUCUAGCACAAAUGGGAAAUUAUCAGGAAUAUUUGAAACGCAUGACUCCGCCUUUAAGAGAGAUCGAAAGUGUCCCAGUUAGGCAACACAUGUUUGGUAACCCUUUCAAGAUAGAUAAGAGGAUGAUGGUAGACGAAGCAGAUAUCGAUAUGGUUGGAGCAACAUCUUCGGCAUCGAAGGGCGGUCUUAAACGUACGCUGCCGGCCUCAGAUGGAGGAGGAUCGCUAGCUUCGAAACCGCCCCCGAAUAAACGGAAGCCAGGCCCGAUUCCUAAGGAUGUCGUAGUACGAAGACCGUCGUAUACACCAACUAAUACUCCGCCGAGUUCGCCGAUACCUUGGGUAGAUGACACGAAAAAUCAAGUGACUCCAGCUGCCGAUUCAAAUCAAAUUCCAUUGAGCACAGCGAACGCCAGUACGCCGAGUAUAUCGAACGCAUCAACGAUAAAUUCAUCAGAGAAAUUGGUAAACGGGCUCGCAGAGAUGCCCACGAUACCGGUGUUCGAACCGAUUCCAGUGGAACACACCAACAACCAUAUGGAUGCUCCGCCGACUCUGGUACCGGUGGUGAACAACGUCGACGCACCUAAGAACGAAACGAAGCCAGAGAAGAUGGAGAACGCGAAGAACGAGUAUAACAAACUACCUCUGAACGAUUACGUUGAAAAUAGUGUGAAGCUUGAGAACUCGGUUGACGAAAGGUUGACCAAUCAUGUCGAGGAGAAACGCGAGCCGAAGGUGGAGAAAGAGAAGGUUCUGACGAAGAAAGAAUUGGAAGACAUUAGGAAACAUAAUUUGUCCGUGCGGGAGCUCGUAUACAAAGAAGUACGGAGAAGAGGUACAAAUUAUGCGACACUAUUUUCACACUUACACCAAAUUCAAGGGACUUUAGAUAUACGACUUGCGUUUUUGCGAGAUAUCGUCAAAGAAUCGUUACGAUUUAAAAGACGUAAUUUGGCAUCGCUGAUAGAAGAAUAUUUGAAAACUGUACAAGAGGAUAGCUGGACCGUAAACCACAAGGUGAAUCACAAUGGUGCCACAAAAAUAAGUUAAGAGUCAGUUGCAUAAUCUGGGCAUUAUUUGAGUAAUAAAAAAAAAGUGAAAACUAACGAGUCAAGUGAAUAAAACGGGGACGAAUCUCUAACGGGAUAUAAAGUAGCCCAUCAAGCAAGUCGUACAUCUGUAAAACGAUAAGCGUGUUUAGCGUUUAAGGACGUAUGUUGCCAAGGCGCGCGGAGUGAUAAUAAUUGAUAAAUCUAAUGAAACAAAAUAGCAUUCUGGAUGUCAACCAAGGAGAUAUGGUCCUCAUGCUCCUUUUUCUUUCGUUCUUGUUCUCUUCUCUUUGUGACUGUACAGUUGGUAGAAGUAUGUUUUUCAAUCGAUUAUAUUUGUUAUGACAAUAAAGUCUUGUCAUUAUUGAUUUAAGAAGUUCGUAAAGGAAUAUUCGAUUCUUGUAUCUUUACAACAACGUAUGGGGGAAUUGCUUCGAUUCGUUUAUUAAAUAUUCGAAAUUUUAUAUAUUUUGAGCUUUCUCAUUUAAUUGUCGAAUGUUUUAAUCAGUUUAGUUCAUUCUAACGAUAUUGUUACUGUACACUGGUGCCGUGCGACAGUUUUUAAAUAAGUGUAAUUAAUUCUAAUAACGAACAGAGACAGUGCGCGCCGUUCUGUAUAAAGUACUAUCCGACUGUUUUUCGUUGAGGAUGUAACUCGUAGAAACUCUCCGAGUCUCGGAUGCAGGCAUUCGCGGACCCUCUUUGAUUUCAAAGAUAUUUGUUGUGAAAUAAUUAACGUUUAUAGUCUAACUUCCAAGUUCGUCUACUUUUUAAGAAAAUUUAGAUAAAUAUAGUGCCCUGAAAAAGUACAAUAUUACGCGAACAGCACAAUUCUACCAGCUGCACAAUCGAGUAUCUUGAUGCAUUCAAAUCCGAACAAUGUCGAUAAUGUAUUUUAUUUGAUCACGCUUCGUUCAUUCUUUUUCUUUUGUGAAGGUUUUAUCGUACACACUAUUGUGAUCUAGGAUAUAAAUCAAGAAAUAAGUUUAUUAGCACUUAAUACGCCCUGUAUAUUUUGUUAUAUAUAUAUAUAUAAUAUAUAUAUAUAUGUUGUGAAUAGUAUAAAGCCAAAUUGAAGUCUUAAUUUCUAUGAACAAACAAGAAGACGCUUCAGUGUGAGUCUUUAGAAAUUGAAUACAUAUCUUUUGUUCUAAAGAAAGAUUGUAAAAAUUUACAUUUUGUAAGUAGGAAGAACAUACUAUAUUUUAUCAUGUAAUUCGCUAAAUUAAAAUACCCUGGAAAAUAGAACUGGUUUUGUCGUAAUGAAUCUUCUUUUACGGAAUUCAAUGCACAUAAUUACACGUUGGCUUUUAAGGUACGGGAACUAUCAUAACAAACGAAAGAUAAUUUUUAUAUUCAGCGUUACCUUAUAGAAUUGAACUUAUUGAAGAAUCUUCAAUGAAGGGUUGACAGUGCCUAAUGCUAUUGAAAAUUAGUACGAAAAGAGAUUAUAUUUAUUUUUAACCCGCUUCAAUGACACUUUUAAAUUAAACAUAUUUUCGAGUUAUUUCAUUGAAAAAGUUCAUCAGAACGAUGUAUAUCAUCGAGGUAUGGAAUGAAAAAAGAAUACGUUGUAAUUUCUAAUGAAAGUAAUUAUGAAAACGAUAUGUGUACAAGUUACAUGUAGGAGAAUAAAUUGCAUUGUUUUACAUGAACAGAUUUGCAAAUGUUUCAUUGAAAAUUUUGUAAUACAUACUUUACAUUGCAAUUGUAUUUUUAUGCUGUGCACGAUUCUUGAGAAUAUUUUUUCUUUCAUAUUGAAUGGAAGUGGGUUGAAAAAAGUAUACAGUAAUAGCAAUGAUUUAUAUAAAUAAAUAACAAUGUCAAAGUCACUUGUUACUAUCUAUAAGGAGUGAUAGUGAUUUGACCAAAUAUUAAGUAGACUGUCCUAAAUUCAUUGAUCAGGAAGAUUAUCUUACACGUUCGUCAGUUAAGUAGACUCGCGUGCAUACUGGUGCAUCAUUAUAUACGCAUUUUCGAAAGUAAUUUCACUCUGUCUUCAUUCAUUUUAAUGUCAUUUAUGUACGAAUAGAGAAAGCUUGAGAGCGAUCCAUCAAUAAAUUGCAACAUAUCAUCUCUACCAUUAAAUUACAAACUUAUCAGAUUUAAAUAUAAAUGGGUCGUAUAUAGAGACUUUAUAGCGUCAGUUUUUCAUGGAACUGAUUUCUAAGCGUUGCCUCGAUUUCCUGUUGAUGCAUUUUUAUAUCAAAACUCGUGAUUAUCGGCCCUUUUAUAUUUAAACAAGGUUCAAGUAAGAUAAUCAACCUGAAUUUUUUCACAUGGACACUAAAUAUAUCUAUAUUCUGCUCUUUGUAAAUCUAGUAGCGAAAUUGUAUAUCAAAUAGUAUUUAUUAAAUUGAAAUCGUUAAACUUUUAAUAAAUUAUUUUAUAAUAAAGGAGCUUAGCUGAGUCUCAGAGACAAUGAUGCUAGACGCUUAUUGGCUCCAAAGAGAAAUUAAUAAGAAAGUUGAAUGAACAUAACACAAAGUGCGAUUCUACGAUGAAUUAAUAGAUAGUAAGGAAGAAAAAUAUGAUGAAGUAAAUAACACGAUCAUCAGACUUUUGUUACACUAACUGUAAUUUAAUUAAUUAUUGUAUCACUGUUUACGCAAAUAAGUCAAGUGAAGAUAGUUGCCAAAAAAGUGUGAGGAGGAUAGGGAAUUACCUUGUAAUACUUUUGUUCAACAGUAAUGUAUUGUGUAAAUGUGGAAAAAAUAAUUAUCAGUUUUUUCAUAGAAUAAUCUGACAAAUUUCAUACUUUUUCACGUUGAGAAAAAUUUGUCCUACAAGUUUUAAUACGAUACAAUUACAAUUAAUGCGUUUACAAUUUUUCUGCACCCUAAACUCCACUAAAUUACAAAUACAAUUCUUUUUUAGCAAGUAUCUCCAUCUUGUUUCCGAAUUCAAUUCCAAAUUGUUAUUUAUUAUACCUGUGUUGCGUACAUCUUUAUCGUAUUGUUCAAAAUACAUUUGAUUAGUUAUUCUUUUAUCGUACCUAUAUUAAUAUUAUGUGCGUCAUUGUACAUGCACCAUUGUAAAUAGAUGCGUAUUGAUGGUUACUACUAAGGAAAUUCAUAUUGAAAUGAUUGUUCCAUUUUUACGUUUAUAUUUUAAAACAAAAUAGCGGAUAAGCUUUGAAAAAAAAUAAAUGAAAAGACAUUUGACACGUAAUUUUACAGUCGUUAUCUCCUUGCAUUAUUAUCAUUCUCCCAAUAAACAUUGACAGAAAAUAUUUAACAACAUAAUACGUAGAACUAAUCAAAGUAAACGAAUAAUAGUAAAAGAUGUAUGCACCGUGAACAUAUAAUCCCAGUACUUAUUGAAAUUGAUUCAAAUAUAUUUAUUUCCGUAAUAAUCAUAUUGGAAUUAAAUGAGUUGACUACAUUUCUAGUUUAAUAUAUUUGAGACUUAAUGUGUAAUUUAUUUGGUACAGAUUCGAAGCAGUAUUUUUGGGUUAUGUUCUUUUACAUUACCCGUGGUCUCAAUUCUAACUUAAUUUUGAUUCAAUCUCGAUAUGAUUACAGAGUAUUAAUACAACUGACGUUUAAUGAAGAAAGAGGUAAAAUUGUUGUCAGCCUAUACAACAUAAACGACAACCAAUGAUUCCCAGAUAAAAUUAAUGUCAAUCAAGUUUUAAGCCUUAUAUUCAUAGUUAAAACAACCUAUACAAUUGUAUGUAACAAAAACCAAGUGCUUGUACUAGCUACUAUUAUUAAUACUUAAGAAAAAAAUCUGUGAUACAAACAUGUAUUUAUGUACUUAUAUUGGUUAAAUUUCAAUACAAUGCGACAAUAAUGAUAAUAAUAUAAAAUACAUCAUAGAUACCGAUUAAAUAUUAAUCAUAUGUGAUACAAUGUAUCGUAGACGUCUAUGUUAAAAAACUUAUACCCCUUGAGAAGAUUACUAUUUUCAUAUCAAGGAUUUAAUUGAAAUAUUUUGUUCCAUUUCCUUUAUUGCAAAGUGGACU